AUGAUAUUCAUUGAUGAUUCAAACAAUAGGAUUCAGGCUUUCGCCAGUACAAAAUAUUGUAAAGAUGUUAUUACCAAUUUGAAAGAAGGUAAAAUCUAUAUCCUUACAAACUUUAAAGUUAAGGACUACGUUGGAGACGAGACUUUCCGUCCAGUGCGUAACAACAAGCACAUUUAUUUUACAACGCACACCAAGUUGGAAAACGAUGUUGAAGGGGACUUAAAAAUAGAUCGACAUGCUUUCGAUCUGUUCUACCUAGGAGAUAUGGAGAAACUAUCAAAAGACAAUCGAUACUUAGUUGAUGUUGUUGGCAUGGUGAAAAAUGUUCGUUCUAUCAAGUCGAACAAAAAUGAAUCAGAGAAAAUGCUGACAAAGUUCGACCUAUCGGAUGGCAGCUGCGCCGUGGCUGUAACUCUUUUUGACGACUUUGGUGUGGAGUUCCAACAAACUUUAACAUGUUGCAAAGAGCCUGAGGCUUUUGCAAAGAAAACUGAACCAGUUGAGUCGCCACCACAUGAGGAAAUGAACUACGAAACUAUGACUGUGAAAGAAAUUCAAAGUCUGGCUUCUGAUUCGAAGGAGAUGAAAGUGAAGUGCCACGUCAAAGUUACCAAAGUUGAGGUGGACACGGCUUGGUAUUAUGCAACAUGCACAAAAUGCCCAAAUGAAAUACAACGCAGCGAAGGAGUUUUCAAAUGCUUGGACUGUAACAGGAUUAUACCAUACCCUGACAAGAGGUUUAAUUACUAUUGA